AUGGUUGGCGGUGGUGUGGUCGCUAUGCCAGUUGCCUUUAAGCAGUCAGGACUGCUUGGUGGCAUUAUAUUCAUGAUUGUUAUUGCAAUGAUUUUUGAGUACACAGGAUACCAGUUGGGCAAAGUAUGGUGCAAAAUGAUGCACAGACGUUUUACAUCAGUUAUGGUGAACGUGACACUUUUUGGUGUUGCUGUGGUCUAUUUGCUUCUUUCCUCAAAUAUUCUACACUAUUUUGUUGGUCGUUUUGCUGGUAUACAAACUGGCAUGUGUACGGUUAUUGUUACAUUGGCUUUUAUCAUUCUUCCUUCCACGUUCCUUAAAAGCCCGGCAGAUUUUUGGGGCAUUGUCGUGCUUGCCAUGCUCACUACCGUAAUUUCUGUAAUAUCAAUACAUGUUGGUAUCGCCAUCGAUAUGGGUUCAUGUUUUCCCGAAGUGGAAUAUCCUGAGCAGACAUCAGGCACAAUUAUUUUAUCACUCGGAAUUUUUCUUUUCGCCUUUUCCGGUCACUUCGUAUUCCCUACAAUUCAACAUGAUAUGAAGAACCCUCGCGAUUUCACCAAAAGUGUCCUUGCCGGAUUUUUCUUGGUUGUCAUACUGUAUAUGCCGCUCUCAGUAUUCGGUUAUGUUGUCUAUGGCGGAUCUUUAGAAAGUUCAGUGAUAUAUUCGAUCCAAACCGAUUGGCUCCAGCUUGGUGCUAACCUUAUGAUCGCAAUACACUGCAUUAUGACAUUGGUGAUCGUCAUAAAUCCAUUAAAUCAAGAAGUCGAACACUACCUGAAAGUCUCUCACGCCUUCGGAAAGGGACGAGUUCUCACACGCACCACCGUACUUCUCCUAGUGUUGUUUGUAGCUCUGUCCGUGCCUGAUUUCUCGCCUGUCAUGAAUCUGGUUGGAGCAUCAACAAUCCCCAUUGGAUGUGUUCUGCUGCCGGUGUUAUUUUACUUGUGGAGCGAAGCGUCUACUGAAGAAGAAUGGCGAAAGGGGCACAUACCGUCAACAAUGGACCGCUCUUUAGGUGUUGCAUUUGUUGGCGGUGUUCUCGGUACAAUGCAAGGUUUCGACAAGUUGGCAAAGGCUGAAUUUACGACACCCUGCUAUUUCCGUAUAUUCACCUCAGACACGUAUGGUAGCACUUUCCAUAUUAAACAACAGUGA